GCAGCAGAGGGAGCUGCGUCCUUUUCACAUCUCCUUUUAUACCCACGAAGAAGAAGAAUCCGGAAGUAGAGUUUUGUCCUUGUGUGACUGAGCGGACCGUCAGGAUGAACAGACACAUAUUUGCUCUCCAGCAGGUGGCGCGGCGGACCAUCUCCAGCUCGGCCCGCAGACAGGUGGACAACAAAGUCCCCCAGAAACAGAAACUGUUCCAGGAGGAUAACGGCAUGCCGGUUCACCUAAAAGGAGGCGGAGUCGACGCUCUGCUGUACAGGACAACGAUGGCGCUCACCGUCCUGGGAGCCGGAUACGUCGUGUACGAGCUGGUGAAAGCAGCGUUCCCUAAGAAGAGAGACUAACUCCUCCUCCUCUUCUUCCUCUUCCUCCUCUGCAGCCGUUUACUUCACUCUGACCCGGCCAGCCGCUCUAUAUUGUAAAAAAGAGAACUCCUCUGUAUGUUACCGUCACGCUGGGAUAUUGUUUCAUGUUCAUGGGAUCAAUAUUUAUUUUUCUUGUACUCUCUGAUGAUGACCUGAGGAUCAAUAAAAACAGCCUCUCAUGACCAAAAC